AACCUCCCUUGGCCUUCCAGAAGAAGCAGAGCGACCUGAUCCACAUGCUGAGGGAGCGCAGGAGUGGCUGCCUGAGUAAGCCAGGCGCUCUGCCAGAGUGACCGCCAAAAGCUACAGUGACCUGCACAAGGGAAAGCCCUGGUCUGCGCCUGGCUCCUGGAGUCACAGCCCUGUCACAGCUCGGAAGGCUCCCAGUCACCGGAGAAGCCUCCAGGGGAUGACAGCAUGUCGGCGUGCUGGCUGUGGUCGGGCCUGCUGUUUCUGCUGGCUUUUCUCUGCCCUCCAAGUUCAUCAUGUGGCCUCUCGACACAUGUAGAAAUAGGACACAGAGCUCUGGAGUUCCUUCAGUUCCCACGUGGGCGUGUGAACUACCAAGAGCUGUUAAAAGAACACCAAGAUGCAUAUCAGGCGGGGUCCGUGUUUCCUGAUGCUUUUUAUCCCAGUUUCUGCAAAUCAGGAAAAUUCCAUGAUGUAUCCGAGAGCACACACUGGACACCGUUCCUCAAUGCAAGCAUCCAUUACAUCCGGGAGAACUUUCCUCUUCCCUGGGGGAAGGGCACUGAGAAGCUGGUGGCCUUCUUGUUCGGCAUCACCUCACACAUGGUGGCAGACGUGAGCUGGCACAGCCUGGGCAUCGAGCAGGGCUUCCUCAGGACCAUGGGGGCGAUGGAUUUCCACGGCUCCUUUUCUGAUGCCCAUUCUGCUGGUGAUUUUGGAGGAGACGUGGUGAGCCAGUUUGAAUUUAAUUUUAACUACCUCGCUCGGCGCUGGUAUGUGCCUGUCAAAGAUCUACUGGGAAUCUAUGAGAAACUCUACGGUCGAAAAGUCAUCAGUGCAGAUGUCAUUGUGGACUGCUCAUACCUUCAGUUCUGGGAAAUGUAUGGAGAGAUGUUAGCUGCUUCCAAGCUAUAUUCUACCUACUCCCUGAAGUCCCCGUUUUUGGUGGAGCAUUUCCAAGAGUAUUUCCUGGGAGGACUGGACGAUAUGGCGUUCUGGUCCACAAGCAUCUACCGACUGACAAGCUUUAUGCUAGAGAAUGGUACCAGCAACUGCGACCUUCCCGAGAACCCUCUGUUCAUUGCGUGUGGUGACCAGCGAAACAACAGCCACAGCCCAAGAGCACAGAGAAAUGGUUUCCAUAGGAAUCUGACUAUGCCUGUAACCAAACACAUUGGAAAAAACAUCAACUAUACGGAGAGAGGCGUGUUCUAUAGUGUGGAUUCCUGGACUCCGGAUUCCAUAACCUUUGUAUACCAGAAUUUGGAGAGGAACCUGCGGACCAUGUUCACAGGCAGCUCCCAGAACUCCCUGAAGCAUGUCUCCACGCCCUCAGCAUCUUACUUCCUGUCCCUGCCCUAUGCCAGGCUUGGUUGGGCCAUGGCUUCAGCGGACCUCAACCAAGAUGGGCAUGGUGACCUUGUGGUGGGUGCACCCGGCUACAGCCAACCUGGCCACUUCCAGGUUGGGCGUGUGUACCUGAUCUACGGCAGUGACCAAGGCCUGCCCCCCAUUGAGCUGGACCUGGACAAGGAGGCUCAUGGGGUCCUGGAGGGCUCCCAGCCCUCAGGUCGCUUUGGCUCCGCUGUGGCUGUGCUGGACUUUAACAAGGAUGGGGUGCCUGACCUGGCUGUGGGAGCACCCUCAGUGGGCUCGGAUCAGCUUACAUACACAGGCGCAGUGUACAUCUACUUUGGUCCCAAAGGAGGAAGGCUGCCUUCUUCCCCUGACAUCACCAUCUCCUGCCAGGAUGUCUACUGUAACUUGGGCUGGACCCUCCUGGCUGCAGAUGUGAGUGGUGACUGUGAGCCCGACCUGGUCAUUGGCUCACCUUUUGCGCCCAGUGGAGGGAAGCAGAAAGGCAUGGUGGCUGCAUUUUAUUCUGGUCCCCACCGAAGGAGCAAAGGACAGCUGAGUGUGGAGGCGGCUGACUGGCUGGUAAGAGGCGAGGAGGACUUCGCCUGGUUUGGCUACUCCCUACACAGUGCCACGGUGAACAACCGAACCUUGCUGCUGGUGGGGAGCCCAACCUGGAAGAACGCCAGCAGGUCGAGCCGCUCAUACCGCCAGCACAGCGACACCCAGAGCCUUGGCAAGGUGUACGGCUACUUCCCGCCCAGCUCUCAAAGCAGGUUUGCCAUUGCUGGGGACAAGGCAAUGGGGAAGCUGGGCACGUCCCUGUCGAGUGGCCAUGUCAUGAUAAAUGGGAGCUUGACACACGUGCUGCUGGUCGGGGCCCCAACUCGAGGCGGCGCCCCGGGCCUCACCACCCUCCUGGAAGGCCAGAGGCUGGAAGCAGACGAGAGCCUGGAGUAUUGCCAUGUUCCUGUCAUCCAGGGAGCUUACUUCCCUGCCCAAUAUGUACUAAUUUCUCCUGAAGUGAGCUCAAGGUUCGGGAGUGCCGUGAUCUCUGUGAGGUCAAAGGAGAUGAACCAAGUUGUCGUUGCUGCUGGAAGGAGUUCUUUGGGAGCCCGGCUCUCUGGAGCACUGCAUGUCUAUAGCCUCAGCUAGAGUGCAUUCUAUUUUUCUCCCUGCCCCUCGGCCUCAUUCCAAGUUGUCACCAGGAUGAGCAUUCCGGUGGACAAGCUGCUACACCAGCAGAGCUGUGGUGGGGCUCCUGGAAAUAAGACUCAAAAUCAUCUGGAAAUAAACGAUUCCAUCAGAAGCUGUGAACUAGCAGGCAUUCUGGUUAUGUCUUCUCAAGUUUCCUUUUGUGCUUGCUUUGCGUUUCAGCCUUUCUUCUUUUCUAGCCUAUUGCCUGUGCUCUGACCAGUUUGCCACACAACCUUGACACUUGUCUGAUGCCUGGAAGGGCUCUCUGUGGCCAAGUCCCAGGACAGUCUCCACACAGUAUCUCUUAAAAAAUCCCUUUCAUUGCUAGAUGCUAGCAUUUGUAACUUGAAUGUUCAAGUUCAUGUUGUAGACUUUGCCCCCACUUAUGGCACUACUGGGAGGCAGUGGAGACGGUAGGAGCUGGGCCUAGUUGGAAGAAGCAGGCUGCAGGGAGUUAGCCCUCAAGGGUGUCUUGGGAGCCCAGCUCUCCACCACUCUACCACAUGGCUCCACACGAUGCAGACCUCAACACAGGCCCAAAGCUACAGCCAACUGACCAUGGACAAACCCUCCGAGGCCAAGAGCACAGAACAUAUCCUCCUUUUAGGCUAUUCAGGUGCUUUUCAGUGAUGGGAAGGAGGAAAGAGGAUGUAAAAUCUAGCUGAAAGGUUAAAUUAGUAACCAAGAAAAAGCCACUGUGUGCACCAGGUGGGCCAACACAGGAAGACACACAGCUAUGCCUUCCACAUAGUGGUGAGUCACAGGCUCCCCAAGGGAGUGGCAAAUGGAGAUGGCCUCUGCUUGGGCACGAAGUACUGGUCACUCAACCAAUGUGAAAAAUUAUUUUUAUUUAAAAGAAGGAUUUUUAGAGCUGGCCUAAU